GCCAAGUGAAGUUAAGGUUAUACAAAACUCGAAACUCGAAAGCAUUGCAACGAGUUAGAGGUUAAGAAACGUAUCGUAUCAUAAUAUUCCAUAAAAUAUUGUUUAUACUAUAUAUUAACAAUAACUAAAGCAAUGAAGGACGACGAAGAUUUUGACUUUGUCGCAUCGGAACAUGAUCGAAUGGUUAGUGCAAUUACAAAAUUAGACAAAACCCAACAUAUAACUGAACCCACAAGAAGUGAACCUACGAGUUUGAAUUCUGAGUUUAAUUUAAUUAAAAAACCUAAUGUAUUGAAACUAAAAAAUGUUGUUAAAGUGUUGGAGGAUACUGCUCACAAUGUACAAAUUAGUAAAAAACUCAAAGAGAGUCAGAAAGUCUCUCGAGUGCUACCAAAGCCGUUGGAGAAGCCUCAAGCUGAGCGUAUUAAGAGAGCAACUGGGUAUGAACAAACGAAAAAUAAAGUGGCAAGAUGGGACCCUGUUGUUGCUAGAAAUCGGACUGUUGAUUUUGUCUCAUACCCUUUAAAGACUUUCUCGAGUAAAAUGCAGCCAACGGGAGAUUUCUUAUCAAAGCUUAAGCUUAAGUCAUCACUAGAAAAAGAAUUGGAAGAAAUAGAUCCUGCCCCUGAGCCUGAAGUCAUUGAAGAAGAAAAACAAACAUAUCCUAUGUCGUAUCAAGAGAUGCUCGAACAUAGACAACACUUAGCUAAAAUACGAGCCCAGCAAUCUUACAAUGCAGCAAAAGCUAAAAGACAGAGUAAAAUAAAAAGUAAAAAAUACCAUCGUAUACUCAAAAAAGAAAAACUGAAACAGCAAAUAAAAGAAUUUGAAGAACUACAAACUAAAAAUCCAGAAGAAGCACUCAAAAAACUAGAGGAGCUAGAAAAGGUUCGGGCCUUAGAAAGACACACAUUAAGACAUAAGAAUACUGGAAAAUGGGCUAAGAGCAAAUUAGUACGAGCAAAGUAUGAUAAAGAAGUAAGGCAGCAAUUAUCUGAACAAUUAUCAGUUAGCAAAAGUUUAACAAAAAAAGUUCAAAAUACUGAAAGUACUGAUGAUGAGGCUGAUGAAACAGAAAAUAUACCAGAUAUAACAUUAGCCCAGGAUGAAAAGAAUCCAUGGAUGAUGAAGAGAUCUGAUAAAACAAAUAUUGAUGCAGAGUUUAACUUUGGGUACAAAAAGUAUUUAAAAGACAAAAUGUACAAAAGAAAAGAAGAAAGUGAUUCUGAUUCUGAUGAAGAAAAUUCUAAACAUGAUAAAUUAAGUCUUUCACUUCGUGUACUUAAAGAAGGUCUAAAAAAAUUAGGAAAUUCAGACAAUUCAGUUAAUACUGAUAUGGUAACAGAAAAGCAAGAGGAUGAUAAUAAUAGUAACCUAGUUAAAAACCAAAAUAUAUCAUUUAAUAAAACAAAAAGCUCUGUGGAAACUAUAACAAAACAAAGGAAAAAUAAGUCUAAUAAAACUAUUGCUACCUCUCCUUGGCAUGUUGAUACUAUUGAUGCUACAACAGUUAAUAAACAAGAUAAAAUAGUUUCAGAAAAUGAAACAGUUUCUGAAGCUUUUGAUAAUUUAGAUAAAAAAAUAGCAAUACGAGUAGGAAAAAAACUGAUGAAAUUAAAAAAAGAAAUGAAAAAACUUGAAAGAGCUCCUAUCAGUGGAGACAGUAACAGCAAUAAAGAAUCAGAUGAGAUAGACAAUUUAGAGUACUUAAAAUUAAGAAAGCAAAAUCCAAAACCUUUUAUUGAUGAAGAACUCAUAGAAACUCAUGGAAACAAAAAAAUAAUGGAUAAAGAAACUACCAAUAUUCCUUUAAAUAUAUUGUCAAAAACAGAUAAACCUUUAGAAGAACACACUAAUGCAGAUAUUGACCCAAGUAGAUUUAUUGAAGUUAAGCCCAAGUAUCUCAGCACUUCUAAAUCAAAUGAAGAUAAUGAUUUUGAUGAUUUAGAUGAUGAUGAACAAGUUGUUCCAAAAGUUGACAUAGAAGAAGUAUUUGAAGAGGACGAUGUGGUAGCUAGUUUCAGGCAAGAAAAAGAAGACGAAAUCAAUAAUGAUACACCAAAAAAUGUUGAUUUGACACUUCCUGGAUGGGGUCAAUGGGGAGGGAAAGGAGUUAAAACAAAACCCAGUAAGCGGAAAAAUAAUAGAUUUAUCAAAGCUCCACCCAAAGUGCCUAGACGUGAUGAAAACAAGGGUGAUAUUAUAAUAAAUGAAAUAAAAAUUCCAAAACUUGUUUCACAUAAAGUUGCUGAUAUACCAUUUCCAUUUACUAGUGUUAAAGAGUAUGAAGCCUCUAUAAGAACUCCCAUGGGUAACACAUUUAUACCAGAAACAGCACAUAAGAAACUCAUUCGUCCUAAUGUGAUUACUAAAGUAGGUUCCGUGAUAGAACCUAUGGAUGAAGAUGAAUUACUUGUUAAAAGAAAUCAGACUUUUAAGAAUGAAUCAGUUAUUAAAUUAUUAGGGAAGCAAUAAAACAAUGUUAUUUUCUUA